AUGGGAUCUCAUAAAAAAUCGUUGGAUGAUAAAAGCAAUAAAAUUGUUAAAAAAGUCAAGAACAAAAAUGUUGAAGUUUCGUGGAGGAAAAAACAUGAAAAAAUUUCUGCAAAGAAAGAGGAAAGUUUGUUAAAAAUGAAUCAGGAAUUUUUAGAGCAAAAAGAAGAGAAAAAAUCAUUAAAAACUGUUAAUGGCAUUGAUACUUCUAAAUUUUUGGGGAAACAGUAUCGUCCAUAUAACUUAACAAUUGCAAUUCCAGGUUCAAUAAUGAAUAAUGCUCAGUGCCCUGAGUUGAUGGCUUAUCUUGCUUCACAGGUAGCAAGAGCAGCGACGCUACAUUGUGUUGAUAAAGUUAUUAUUUAUGAUGAAACUAGUCAAAUGACUGAUCAUCAGAUUAAGUCUUAUUUUUCUGGUGAUUGGACAGGUGAAGAUUAUAUAAAGGAAGACAAUGUAGAGUGUAAUUUUCAUUUAGCAAGAAUACUGGAAUAUUUAGAAUGUCCUCAGUAUUUAAGAAAAACCUUAUUUCCAAUGCAAAAACCAUUAAAAUUUGCUGGUUUAAUGAAUCCUCUUGAUGCCAAGAAUCAUCUUCGUGCAGAUGACUUAUCUCUUCCAUAUCGUGAAGCAGUUAUUCUAAAAGAAUCAAAAAAGGAAGGUAAAGGUGAAUUAUGUAACAUAGGUUUAGAGAAAAAAUUAAGGUUAGAUGAAAAAUGUUAUUUACCGAAAAAUACUAGAAUAUCAGUAAAACUAAAUAAUAUAGAUAAACCAAAUGAUAAAUAUUAUAAAGGUAAUUUGACAAAUCCAAGAACUAUUCGAGAAACAGAUGGUUUGUAUUGGGGCUAUAGUGUUGAAAUUAUGAAAUCAUUAAGUGAAGUUUUAAAGAAUGACUACGAUAAUAAAAUAGUAGUAACUGAAAAUGGAGAACGCCCCCAGCGGGCGCGUUUUACUGUAACAAAGCAAAAAACGAAUAAUAUUUUAGUUGUUUUUGGAGGUUUCAAUGGUAUAACAACUGCUUUAGAAUCUGAUAAAAUGUUAGCAUCAAAAAAUCUUGGAGAUUUGUUUGAUAAUUGUGUUACUUGCCUUCCAGAUAGUGGAUCAAAUUCAAUUCGUACUGAGGAAGCUAUUCUAAUAGCAUUAACUGAACUUAAAAACAAAUUUGACCGCGUUUUGUAG